AUGGACGACCAAACGCGCAUUACAGACAUCGAGAAGGAUGAUGUCGAAGAAUAUGAGACAUGGCACAUAAAAGACGUGCUUGUUAAAUGGCUUGCGGAGUACUGCAACAGCGUAGACACCCAGGCAGCCCGAGCCGCAAGGAACUUCGCUGAGGCAUUCACAAUUUACUUUGACAACGCGCAUCUCGAGGCGAGAAAAAUGGAAUACCGUCAUAGCGAAGCCCUUCGGGAUUUCGUUGAGCGCGUGAUAGGCUUCGGAUACUGCGAGGCCAUGGACGACAACAUGUCCUUCCGCUCGCAUGUAGCCACCAUCAUCAAGCACAUGUGUCUCGUGCUCGACUUUGCGCGCGAGAACGAUCUCAUUUCCGACGAGUCAGACACUGUGCGGAAGGAGAUCCUCUAUGUGCAGCACUACCACCGCGCCGUGCGCGCCUUUCAAACCCUGGCAGCGUGCUACCACCAGGCCUUCGUCGUUCCCCGCGUGCGCUUGGGCCCGCGGAGGUGGUUCGUGCAGGUCAUGGUGCACGAUGUGCGCUCAGACUGCGUGAUUGUGGGCCGCACGGGGGACAUCAACGGUCUGGGCAGUAAGCUCGAUGAUCCAGAGGUGGACUACUCCGACCUUCCACCAGAUCCGCUGAAGAUUUGCAUCCCCAAGGCCGCCAGUAUCCUCAUGCAACCCACAGAUACCAUCCUUGGCGAUCUGUAUCGCAUUGACGAGGAUCACUUCAUCCUCGGUAGCAUGUUGGCAUACCGACCCUUCGACCUGGCCCAUAAGCCCAUUGGCGUCGAGCUGCUCGACGAAGACGAAGCGGAUGAGCUACCAUUCACCACCCCGUUCCGCGACCCUCUACGCGCCCGCUCCUUCGACCCUGCCUUCCUCGUCGGCGCCGAUGGCACGGCGUACAUCAUCCCACUGAGCAUCUUCCCAGUCCCACCCGGCACAGUCGACGUCGCCCUGACCCCCUUCAACGUGAACCACCACGCUUUCGCGGACUUCAAGAUCCCACACAACAUCGACGACUACCGCAUCGAGGCGCUCGGCCCGCCCUUCCGCGCCUGGGGGCCCGACGGGCUACCUCUGCACCACAUGCGCCGCGCACACAACGGGCCGGUGGCCACCCUCGCCGACUUCUGCCUCCCCCACGACGACAUCGGGUACAGGGAGCGCCGCGCGAGGCUCCUCUCGCUCCCCAGCCCCUUCGACAUCCACGCCGUUCCCGUCUACCCGCAGGGCGCCAACAUCCUCCUCCCCGGGCCCGACUACGACGUCGCGCAGAGGGCAGGGCUGAUGGACGCGAGGCCCGCAAGCGCGCGGCGCACAUUCCUCGGAAUCCCCAUGUCCAGCGCACAGAGUCCGCCAGGGCCUCUGCCCAGCGGCCACCCCGCGUACCGCGUCUUCAACAGGCCACCCUUGCCAGAGUCAUGGUACGAGGCCCGGGAUCGCGUUUUUCAAGACGACCCCGAGGACUUUUCUGAAUAUUUGCCCUGUGUUAUUAUGGCCGAAGGUGGCGAAUGUGCAUUGCACGCGUAG